UCAUCGCGCUGCGACGGGAGCCGGAGCGGAGCUGAGCGUUGUGGGGGGCCGUGUCUUGUCGUGUCGUGUCGCGUCGCGGCGGCCGCAGCGAUGCCGGCCAAGAAGUCCUUCCGACGGCGCAGGGAGGACGAGGACGAGGAGGAGGAGGACGAGCAGCUCGCCGAGGAGGUCAGGUUAAAACUUGAGGAAGCCAAAGAAGUUCAGAGCCUCAGAAAGCGACCCAAUGGGGUGAGUGCUGUAGCUCUGCUUGUGGGAGAGAAGUUGCAAGAAGAAGCAACACUUGUGGAUGACCCAUUUAAGAUAAAAUCCGGGGGAAUGGUGGACAUGAAGAAGUUGAAGGAAAGAGGCAAGGACAGGAUUAAUGAAGAGGAAGAUCUGAACUUGGGAACUUCCUUCUCAGCAGAGACCAACAGGCGGGAUGAAGAUGCUGACAUGAUGAAGUACAUUGAGACUGAGCUGAAGAAGAGAAAGGGAAUUGUGGAGAAUGAGGAGCAGAAGGUGAAGCUUAAGAACGCCGAGGACUCUCUGUACGAGCUGCCAGAGAACAUCCGUGUCUCCUCUGCCAAGAAGACUGAGGAGAUGCUGUCCAACCAGAUGCUGAGUGGCAUUCCUGAAGUGGACCUGGGAAUUGAUGCAAAAAUAAAAAACAUCAUCUCAACUGAAGAGGCCAAGGCCAAGCUGCUGGCAGAGCAGCAGAACAAGAAGAAAGACAGCGAAACUUCCUUUGUUCCCACCAACAUGGCCGUUAAUUAUGUCCAGCACAACAGAUUUUAUCAUGAGGAGCUGAACGCACCAGUGCGAAGGAACAAAGAGGAGCCAAAGCCCCGUCCCCUGAGAGUGGGGGAUACUGAGAGACCAGAACCUGAGCGGUCUCCUCCAAAUCGCAAACGUCCCCUCAAUGAAAAAGCCACAGAUGAUUAUCACUAUGAGAAGUUCAAGAAGAUGAACAGGCGAUACUAAUGAACAUGGACUGAAGCCUUUUGAGUUGUUUGGAUUUUCCACUAAUAAAGGAUUUUGUGUCUGUGACCUGCGAUGGAUUUUGAGAAGAGUCACUACCUUCACAUGCUGAUGUUACUUAUGAAGCUUUUCCCGUGUGAUCUUGUAGUGAAUCAGUUUGCAGAUGAUUGUGAACUCUUUGGUCAGUGAAACCUUGUAUAUAACUAUGUUCUUAUAAAUAGUUUUAUAAUGGAAAAUGA